UUACCUGAUUAAAGCAGCGAUUAUUUCGUCGCACCGAAAAUUGUCGAAAACAUCGAUGAUAUGAACACGCGGCCAAGAACAACACGUGUGAAACGCGUGGCAUCGAGCAUAUUAUUCUAAAUACAAGCCGUACGAUUACGCACCCCUGUCGCGCAGCCUGUGGUCUAAUCAGUUUGUGGUCGUGAGAAGACUGACAUCUCAGCAACUAACUUCGAUAUACUCAAACACCGAAAUGGCAGAUAUACAGAUGAAUGAAGCCGACCACAUCGCCGCCGAGCCCGUGGCCGCCGGCCCCGUCGCCGCCGGCCCCGUUGCCGCCGACUAUCAUAGAGUUUACAGAGGAAGACGCGCCGGGGUUCGCGUCCAGGAGGAGCGCUUUAUGCGCUUCCUCCUAAAAUUAUCCUCGCCCUAUUAUUAUUGGGGCAACAGGCCGAGGAGAGGCGGAAGAGAAGGCGGACGAGGACGGGGACGGAAUGCUGAUGAAGAAUCUCGCUUGAACUUAAUCCCGGAAAACAUGGUUACGCCGGCUUCCAUAGCCGAGUAUAUAAAAAUGGUUACGAAUAGUACCACUCCGCAAGGAGACAUGGUCAAAGUAAACAUACCUGAUAUUGGAGUUCCACAGGGUAGUAUCGCACCUAGUAGAGAUAUUCCAGAUAACUGA